GAAUCCAAGAUGGCGGGGUCCAGGCGGUGGGGUUCCCGGGCCGGAGCGCGGCCUCUCCUCUGCGCCCUGCUGCUGUCGCUCAGUCGGUUCGUCGGCGGCGACGGCACGGGAGGCGACCCCGCGGCCGCCGGCGGCGCCAGCACCCCGGCCGCGGCGCCCCAUCGCCGCUUCGAGUAUAAAUACAGCUUCAAGGGGCCGCACCUGGUGCAGAGCGACGGGACCGUGCCCUUCUGGGCCCACGCCGGGAAUGCUAUUCCAAGUUCAGAUCAAAUUCGAAUAGCACCAUCUUUAAAAAGCCAAAGAGGAUCAGUGUGGACAAAGACAAAAGCAGCCUUCGAGAACUGGGAAAUCGAGGUCACUUUUCGAGUGACAGGAAGAGGUCGAAUUGGAGCAGAUGGCCUGGCAGUUUGGUAUACAGAAAAUCAAGGCUUGGAUGGUCCUGUGUUUGGAUCAGCUGAUAUGUGGAAUGGUGUUGGAAUAUUUUUUGAUUCUUUUGACAAUGAUGGAAAGAAAAAUAAUCCUGCUAUAGUAAUUAUAGGCAACAAUGGACAAAUCCAUUACGACCAUCAAAAUGAUGGUGCUAAUCAAGCCUUAGCAAGCUGCCAGAGGGACUUUCGAAAUAAACCUUAUCCUGUCCGGGCAAAGAUUACAUAUUACCAGAAAACACUGACAGUAAUGAUCAACAAUGGCUUCACACCAGAUAAAAAUGAUUAUGAAUUUUGUGCCAAAGUGGAAAAUAUGGUUGUCCCAGCCCAAGGGCAUUUUGCAGUAUCUGCUGCAACAGGAGGGCUUGCAGAUGAUCAUGAUGUCCUUUCUUUUCUGACUUUCCAAUUGACUGAGCCUGGAAAAGAACCACCUACAGCAGACAAAGACAUUUCAGAAAAAGAAAAGGAAAAGUAUCAGGAGGAAUUUGAGCACUUUCAACAAGAACUGGAUAAAAAAAAAGAAGAAUUCCAGAAGGACCACCCCGACCUGCAGGGACAUCCAGCGGAUGAAAUAUUUGAGACUGUAGGAGAUCGUGAGCUGAGACAAAUCUUUGAAGGACAGAAUCGUAUUCAUCUGGAAAUCAAGCAGCUGAACCGACAGUUAGAUAUGAUUCUUGACGAACAGAGAAGAUAUGUCACCUCUUUGUCAGAGGAGCUCUCUAAAAGAGGAGCAGGAGUCACAGGGCAGCAGGGACAGAUCUCACAACAAGAACUGAAUACUGUUGUGAAUACUCAGCAUGAAAUUCUGAGACAAGUAAAUGAAAUGAAGAACUCCAUGAGUGAAACCGUCCGGCUGGUCAGCGGCAUCCAGCAUCCGGGCUCCGCCGGGGGCGUCUAUGAGACCACGCAACACUUCAACGACAUCAAAGAGCACCUGCAUGUGGUGAAACGGGACAUAGACCACUUGGUGCAGCGGAGUGUGCCAUCAAAUGAAAGACCGAAAUGCCCAGAACUACCACCAUUUCCAUCAUGUUUAUCUACGAUGCACUUCAUUAUCUUUGUAGUGGUACAAACGCUGUUGUUCAUUGGCUAUAUUAUGUACAAGACUCAGCAAGAAGCAGCUGCCAAAAAAUUCUUUUGACCUCCGUUUUCUUAAGUGUGCAUCAUGUAUGUAUAUACAAAACGUUGUCUUUUUUUUGAGGGAAUUUAAGUAUUUAAAUUGCUUCUGAGUCUAAAUUAUUAAAUUUUGUAUAAAAUUACUGUUUAAACAUUGAUUUGCAGUCAGAAUAAACCUUAAAACAAAGACAACCACAUGUAAAUUUGUGCAUAGUACGUGAAUCUAUUUAAAUUACAGUGAAUUUCUGGCCAGUAGAAUACAUCCACUGACAAGAAUAUUGAUAGACAAGACCGUAAAUAAUUCAAAGUGGGGGCUACCUUUCAGAUCUGAAAGUUACACCUAAAUCUCAGAUGUUGGCCGUUUCUUCAUCUAAUAGAAGCAUACUUGGUCUCCUACCCCUCCUCCCCAAAUACAAGUCUAGCUACAAGCUCCCAUCAUGUUUAUGUUGCAACCAGUUUUUUUAGAGGUCAGAAUUUCCUACUCUAACACCCACUCCUGCAAUCCUUUAAUGCAAUUCCCUUUGAAAUCAAAGAGUAUUUUGUCUGAGAGCUUUAGGAGCGGGAUAAAAAAGCUUCAGAAUGUUUAUUAAAGUAUUUUUUCCUUCUGGUUAUCAAUGAUAUAUAUCACUUUUAAAGGAAAUUUGGGGAGGAAAGAAGCGCUUCAAAAAACAAUUUAGGUGAAAACAUUCCUUUCAUAAUGGUUUUUAUGAGUAUUUGCUUGUUAAUCUGUUCAUUUUUACAGUUGCUUAUAUUCUCAAAUGUUUUUUCAUUCCAAUGGGGUCAGUUCAACAUUAUGAAAAUAAUUUUUGCAUUUAUAUUCAUCACUGAAGGAAUUUAUUUCUCUUAUUUGGGACAAGCGUGUCAUUUCAGCUCGGAGCGCCGCUCUGACCAAAUCUCAUGUUCACCAGUCCUGCUGUGCGCUGCAGCCUGGUUCCACUGCCCCACCCUCCCUGGCCCUGUAUCUCUGCAUACUCUUGUGAAUCAAGGAAGCUGUAGAAGCAGUGUUAAGAUUUAAGACAAAAUUUGAAAAAUGGAAUGAAUACUUCUGAUUUCCUUUUUUUAAUGCUUUUAAAGAUUUUGUGAAGAACUUGCUUGUAAGUUUAACUGGAAAUGUCUCGCUGGAUGGGGUCUUUGUAGUUCAAAGCAUUAUAGAGACAGUCUGCAAAAAGACAUUUUGAAGGGCCAUUUUAAUUUUGUAUUUGAAGCUGAUGUAGACUUAUUUUGGCUGGCUUCAAGAUACUCUUUUACCUAAAGUGCUUAUUUUUUGUCAUGGAGUCCAAAAUAAUACUGUUUUAUAAAAUAGUUCUAUUUCUUUCUUUUAAGCCUUCAUAAAUUUCUCUCAAAUGUCAUUUACAGGUUGGGUUUACUGCCUAGAAUCUAUGCCAAGACUGUGAAGAGUCUAGAGCACCUGACUAGUUCGUGUGUGAGAACAGUUAGCCUCUGUGUCAGCACUUACCCUAGGGCGCUGAGUGAGAAGGUCCCAGGGAGUCCUCACUCUGCUUCAUUCACUUCAGCAUAGCAAAUAUUUCUCCAGUGUUUUCCCUUUGUAGUAUUAACAUUUUGAAAUUCAUGUUUCAGAGACACCAUCAUCACAGAAUUUACUCUUAUCCGUGAAAAAAAAUUAAUACCUCCUGAAGAAUAUUUAAGUUGUAGAGUAUGAAAUUUGGGAAAUCCUCUUGAGAUAAAAGACUGCAAAAUACCCAGUGUUACAAAAAUCCCUGGUCACAUGUGCCUGAACUUACUAGAGGAAUGCCCCAUCUAUGCAGUGUCUUUUCAGGCUAAAUUCAAGAGGAACUGUGGUCAUUCCUGUCACAGUGGAGACAGCUGUUAGGAGAGAGCAUGAGCAGAGAUCUCUUUUCCUUUUUUACUUAGUAAUUUAAUUUGCUUGAAAAUCACUCAGUAAAGCAGUUCACACAGGGCAUUUAUCAUAUUAUUUGAAAUUUUGUUCAUUUUCCUCAAAACCAUUGACUUUAGUUCAUUUCUAAAGAGAAAUGUUUCUGUAGAAAAACCAAUCACUGCCAGGAUUCUUUCAUUUCUGUACUAUUUUGUAUAAUUGAAUUUGUUAACUUCUCACACCAGCAAGUAUUUUACAGGUGCCUUGGAUUAAUACAAAAUUGAUUUUAAAUUUUAGUGUACGUCAUUGUGCUUAUGAUGCCACUUUUAAAAAGAAAUGCAAUUACAUCAUGGAUAAUGCCCACAGUUAAUGUACCAAUUUGUGCUCUGUUUGAAUGUUUUGCUCAUCUUAAACUUUAGGAAGCCACAAACAGUAAAUACUGUGUUGUUAUGUGGUAAAGGGAUGUCACUGUUUCUCACAGUGUGGCCCGUGGAUCAUCUGGGUCAUGGAGUGCUUGUUCAGAAUGCAGAUUCCAGGGCUCCAAUUCAAACUACCUGAAUCAAAAGUCAGGGGCGGGGCUUCAGAAUAGCCCCUUUUCAACAGGCACCUCAGAUGAUUCUGAGCACACCACAGUUUGAGAACCACUAAGAUGAGGAGUGAAAAACCAAAACAAACUAAGUUUUGUUUUGCUGGUUCAAAGCUGAGCUGAGUGCAUAGUAGAACAUUUUCAUUGUCAAUGACGUUAGCAAACGUGCACUGAUUCUUUUAUACUUACACUACUAAAUGUUCUUUUUACUAAAACUCCUGGUUUAUUAGUAGUGACAAACUAAAUCCAGAUUGUGGCCUGUAGCUCUUGGUACUUUGGGCUGAUGGUUUUUAAGCUACGAAAUCAUCUUCACAUCAUGGUCAAGAAGUGAAAAUCCCACCUUCAGGUCGGCCCACAGAAGCCUUUUUGCUUUCCCAAUUGUCAUUUUUGUGACAUUUUUAUCUCAGACACUUGUACUUUUUGAUAACUUGGGGAAAAUAGAAAUUACUUGAAAAAGGGAUUGCCUGACCUGCUGCAUUGCAAAGAUACAAUCUUUGUAAAGGACAGACAUAGCCGUUGUGAAUAUUAAGAUGUGAUUAUCUUUUCUGUCCAUGUGCUUAUCACAAGGAGACAGUGAACAAAUGAUUAUAUUGGGGAUUUUUUUUAUUUAUAAGAUCUAACAAAAUCACCAUUUGCAACUUUUUAGAUCUGUUUGUUGCCUGCUUAAUAUAUUUCUUUUAAAGUCUAAAUGGUUUUCUAUCUACUGUUAAUUUUAAUUAGGUAACAUUUGUCAAGUGUUUUUUUUCUGAUUGUUAUUUGAUGCUAGCUGGAAUUAAAUGACAUUGACCUUCAAAUAA